CAAACCCGCUGCUCAUUAAUUCCUCCAUGCAACCUGACCUGACCGUGUCGCGCACCUACACCAGCCCCAUGUGUUUCCAGGACUCCAUCGACAAGGAGCUGAUGGCCGAGCGCUCGCUCCUUGACCCGCUGCCUGAUCUCAAAGGGGUGUCAGAGAGAGCAGAGUACCAUGUCAUGUCCCACCCUCAGACAUUUCCGAGGGGCCUGGCUCCGGACUACAAAGGGGUCGCGGUGGGGACCACGCUGGGCCGGAGAGGAAAAAACCUCUUCACUCCACAAGUCUCCUUGACUCACAGCAGACCUCUGCACAAAGCGACCGCCGCGUUCGGUCACGCUGGAGGGAGGCUUGUUGUACCCAACACAGGUAUCAGUGUGCUGGUGCCUCACGGGGGGAUCGCAGAAGACACUACCUGGGAAAUGUACAUGAUCAUCAACCAGGAGGACAGCAGUGCUGUGUCUGAUGACGCUCCAGAGAUCUUUCUGAGCCCCGCCGUCACGUACGGCCCGCCCGGCCUCGACCUCUCCUGUCCCAUAGCCAUGACCAUCGCCCAUUGUGCCGAGGUUGCCCCUGAAAACUGGACCGUCCGGCUAAAGAGACAACUGCAGGACAACAAGUGGGAG